AUGAAGUUCUCCAUCAUCACCAUCGUCGCGGCCUACGCCGCCGCCGCCCAGGGCGCCAUCACCUGGAACCUCGAAAAGGCCGCGAACCCGACCGCGGACCAGACGGACGCCUACAACAAGAUCGAAGCGGCGAUGCGCCUCGCCGUGGCCCGCCACGCCCGCCUCGGGUCCGCGAGCAAGUCCCUCCGCGUCUACUACGCGCCGGGCGUCCCCACGGCCGAGGCCAACUACAACGGCGACGUCCGCUUCGGCUCGAACCGGUCGUACAUGAACGAGCGCACGGCGCUGCACGAGAUCUCGCACACGCUCGGCGUGGGCCAGACGGCCGCGUUCGACCGCAAGUGCGCCGCCAAGGACUGGGCCACCGCGCUGCCGCUGCUGAGGUCGUGGGACGGUGCCUCCGCGACCAUCAGCUGCGGCGGCUCGCACUUCUGGCCGUACGGGUUGAACUAUGACAACGAGUGGAGCGAGACGAACGCCAACCGCCAUGUGCAGAUUGUCAAUGCCAUGAUCAAGGACGGCAUGUAA